AUGCAAGCACAUCCAGCGCAUGCGCGCCUACACACCUACCACAGCUCGAAGAAGCAGCUGCUCGGCAACCAAACACACGCCCCGCCCGCAUGGCGCACCGCGCCCGGCGCGACGCCCAACGGCAAGAAGGCGGGGCAUAUGGCGGCGGCGGCGAAGGGAAGCAAGAUUCUACUAAGCCAGCUCCCAGUAGACGUGGCGGAGAACGAGGUCGAGGCGCUUUUUGCGAAGACAGUCGGUCCAGUGAAGGACUCGUUCAUCGUGUACAACUCGCAAGGGAAGAGCAAGGGCAUGGCGGUCGUCGCCUUUGCGCGACCAGGGGACGCGGCGAUGGCUAGGAAAAAGUAUAACGGGAAGAUCGUCGAUGGCAGGCGACCAAUCAAGAUCGAGAUCAUCAAAGACGAUGAUGAGACAACCACAGCGGCGCCCGAGCCGAAGUCGCUCUCGCUGCUCGACCGCUUAGGUCAAACAUUCAAAUCCGCACCCACACCGCCCGCAGCCCAACGCGCCGCAGCAAUGGCACCAACACAACCCAAGGCAGCGAAGGCUGGUCAGAAAGCCCCGAAACCCGCAGCAACACAACGGCCAAUACUCGUGGGGAACCCCAAAGCCAAACUGCGUACAAAGAAGGGUCCGAAGCGGAUUCAGAAGCAGCAGCAGCGGAAGGUGGUCACGGCCGAGGAGCUGGAUCAGGAGAUGGAGGACUAUCGCGCGAGCGCGGACGCCGCAUGA